ACCUCAGGUCUCGACCUGUCCGAGCGACGUCGGAGCCUUGCUCGCGGCUCCGCGUCGCGCUCUGUGGCUUGAAAAGCGAGAAGUCGGCGAUCGGAUCUCGGCCUGCCUGUGAGUACACGGGGCCAGACCGGCACGGCGAGGGCCAAGGACUGCGGCGCUCCAUCAAGCGUGACGAUCUUUCCUCGGCUGUCAAGAGGGGCGAAAGCUUGGAGAAGGACCUCGUAAUGGCGCGGCGCGUUUGCGUCGCUCGGAGCAAAAGACUUCCCCGUGGGCAGGACGCCUGAGUGAGUACGCAACCUCACACAAAACGGCGGCUGACGCGCCGACCGUCUCGGGCCACCGCGGCUCGAGUUUCAAAUCGCGUUGCCACCCACAAUGCAAACAACCAUUUCCAAGUUCACGAGACCGGCAAGAAAGACCAAGAUGACGGCGGAUGGCUGCCGGCAGCCGCCUCGCGGCGCAAGCGAUCCGCAAAGAGGGCGGCAUCACCCGCGCCCUCUCACGCAAGCAGCAUCUUCGCGGCGUCGUCCGCGGCCUCACCACCUUUGGCGCCUUUGUCGAUGUUGGAUGCUCCAGGGACGGCCUGCUUCACGUGUCAGAGGCGGCUGAGCUUCAGCUGGCGCGCCUGUGCGUCGGCCAGCGGCUCGACCUCUUUGUCAAGAGGGAGGGCGAAGGCGCGCGGAUCGAGCUGCUGCAGGGCCCGAACAACAACAAGCAGGUGAUCGAGCUGUGCACGGAGGACGGAGGCUGCAGAUACGAACACCCGCGCCUUACUUGCACGCGCGGCUCCAGUGGCGUACCACAGGCGUCGCUCAAAAAGCGACGCCGGAUGGGGAUCGUCGAAGAGGUCGAAGCGCAGCUGGCUGCGCUCAACGCGCGGCUGCCCGAGCUCGAGGGCAAGGCCAACAAGAAGGAGCGCACGGCGGUCAACAAGCAGAUCUAUACGCUCGAGAACGACGAUACAUACGUGGCGGCCAAGAAGUCGCAAAUCGAGGGAGGCAGGGCGGCGGCGGCAUCGGAGGAGGACGCGGCGCACGCGAAGCGGCUCGAGGAGGAGGAGUCGGCGCGCGCAGCGGCAGAAGAGGCGGCAGAGGCGCGAGCGGCCGCCAAGGUGAAGGGUGCUGCGGGUGCGGGCGCUGCGGAGGAGGAGGAUGGCGAGAGCCACCUGGAGUUCAAGCAGCUCAAAAAGGGCGAUGGCGAGACCGCGCCCUCCAAGGGCGACUACGUCUACUGCUGCUACACGGGCACGUUUGCUCCGGGGACUGAGCACGGCGGCAAGGACCUCUCGGGGAAGCAGUUCGACUCGACGUGGGACAGCAAGCUGAAGAAGCAUAGACCGCUCCACUUCCAGCACGGCGGCGGCAAGGCGAUCCGCGGGUGGGACGAGGCGCUCAAGCGCAUGACGCUCGGCGAGAAGGCGGAGCUGACGAUCGGGCCGCGGUGGGCGUACCGCAAGGGCGGCAUCCAGGAUGACGCGGGCGGGUACGUCGUGCCCCCGAACGCGACGCUGUGCUUCCAGAUGCAGCUCGUGGGCGUGCGGGACGCAAAGCACGACGAUGCCAGCAUCCAAUGGGGCAAGGGGAGGGGGUGAGCCGAAAUGUGUGUGUCGGUGAAACGCGCCGUUUUUAUAGAAUUAUAUCAGAC